AUGUCCGAUGAAGUAGAAGUUAAUGCAACGCGUAAGCACAGUUUAAACUCGGUGAUAUCCGAUGGAGAACAACCGCCCGUCGAAAUACAUGGAGAUGUAUUCGAUCGACAACGAGUUAUGAAAAAUUUCGAUCAAACAUUAAUUGAACAACAACAUGCUUUUGUCUUAGGUGUUGGCGGAAUUGGCAGUAGCAUUGCGAUGUCUCUAGUAAGAUUAGGUGUCGAUACUAUAUAUUUACUUGAUCGGGAUAUAAUUGAUGCAUCAAAUUUGAAUCGCCAGAUAUUGUUUAGCCGAUUAGAUGUUGGUCAAUCCAAAGUAGAAGUUGCGGCGAAACAUUUGAAAGAAAUGCAUAAUUUAAGAACAAAUAUCUAUUAUUAUCAUUUGGAUGCAGUGCUCAAUUGGUCGUCUGUUGUUGAUAUUGCGAAGAAAUGUACGGUUAUAUUUAACAAUAUUGAUUAUGGGGCAGUAUUUGACCAUGCUGUCAAUUCGUUGUGCAAAUCAUUGAGUAUUUCGUAUGUAGCCGGGUCAACGUAUGCGAAUAACAUUGAAAUAAAUUUAUUUUCUGGUUUAUCGAAUGAUUCAUGUUGGGCAUGCCAUAAUUCUACAAAUGAUUCAUUCAAAUUCUCGGUUAAAGACUUGGAAAAUACAAAUGAUAUUCAGCUGUUUCUCAGAGACAUGUGUUUCAUCUCAGGUGAACAAUCACAAUUGUUCAUAAACGAAGUUCUCAAUGAAUUAAAUCUAAAUCAACCUUCACCAAGUCAAUUAUCAACAUUGUUUAUGCCUCUCUACCAAAAAAAGGUGCUUCGAUUUCUUCUUCCCGAAUCAAUACAAAAACAUCAAUCGAUUGGUUUUAUACCAAAAGACCGAACAUUUCCAACGAGAACAGUCGGUAGUUGGAUUGGUGUUUGUGUAUCUGGAGCAUGUUUAAUUGUCAAUACUUGGGUUCAAUAUUUAAUGAAAAAGAUGAAUUUGAAUGAAUCAACAUUUCAUAAUUGGAGUCAAUUUAAUUUAUCUAUGUUCGAUGGAGGAUAUUAUACUGUAGGAUUUCCAAACGAACAAAAUCUCCGAGACUGUUCGAUUUGCUCAAAUGCUAAACAGAUUGCAGAGAAAACUAUUAAAUAA